AUGAGAAACGACGAAGAAAAGGUCCCUAUCUACAAAAGGCCUGAUUCAUCCUCUUCACAGUUAGAUACCACGAACAGGCCAAGAGAGGAUGAAGACGAGGCCACUGCGUCGUGGGCCUCAAUGCCAAAGAAAUGGCAGUUGGCUAUCAUAGUGCUCUCCUGGUUUUGGGAGAAUGCGGCAAUGGGAAGUCGAGGGACCUACAUCCUUUUUCAACUCAGGAUGUUCAGACUUCCUGAUGGUUCUGUGCCCAGUGCAGCAAGCCUGGCAUUCCAGGUCUCCCUCCUAAGUGUUGCAAUCGCUGUUCCGCAGCUCUUCCUCUCGCCCAUCUGGGGGAUGCUAGCGGAUUCACCCCGGGUCGGCCGCAAGAAGGUUCUGCUAAUGAGCCUUUUUAUGACUGGUAUUUCCUGGCUGGGGCUUGCAUUCUGUAAUAGUUUACUGGGGGUUGUAGCAUGUCAUGUUCUGAUCGGUCUAGCCAACAACAAGAUUGCUGUGAUGAGAACUAUUGUCAGGGAUAUCAGCGGAGAGAAGUUUGAGUCACGAGCAAUAUUGCUGAUGCCAACUGCUUUCAAUCUUGGAUCUACAGUCGGCCCUCUGCUAGGUGGCAUACUCAGUGACCCUGUUAGAACAUAUCCAAACGCAUUCGUUCCUGGAAGUUCUCUGACUUGGUUGUUGGAGAGAUGGCCAUAUGCUUUGCCAAACAUGGUCAACAGCAUAGCCAUAAUUUUAUGUGCGAUAUUGACGGCCUUUCAGUUUGAAGAAACACACCCAGGCAAAGGGCAGCGGUCCUUGUCUGUCAUUCCGGGCUGGGCGAAGAAUCUGGGUAGACGGUUGUCCUGGGGAGGAUAUGAAAAGCUCUCCACCGAAGACCACGAGCGUAUCGAGAUGACUGGUCUAAGGGAGGAUGAUUCAACGAAAGCUGGUCUGGCAAGGCCAGCAGCAGUCAGUAUUUGGACCCGGCGAUUGACCAUGACUCUUUUCUCCAAUGGGCUCAUGAUUAUGCAUGUCGGUAUCUUUCCCGCAUUACUUGCAAUAUUCCUCUCUACACCCCGUUAUGACCCGGCUGGAGUCUCAUCAGCAACGAACACAUCCCCAAAUGGCACCGAUCAGCAGUCCACUGCAUCCAACGGUGCCCUGUCUGUACCGCUCAACUACCAUCCCCAUGCGCCUUUUGUUUUCACUGGAGGACUUUCCUUUGAGCCAAAUAACAUCGCUUUUGCCCUUGCUAUCCGAGGUGUCAUCGGAUUGUUGCUGCAACUCCUUUUCUUCCCUUACUUGAAGAGAAUCUUUGGCCUUUUCCGGCUAUAUCUGUAUUCUCUUCUGGUAUUCCCGGUGACAUAUUUUGCUGUCCCGUUCUGGGCUACUGUCCCAUCAACUACAUCACCUCCCUUACCAGCGUCAGGGGCACUGCUCUGGAUUUUCAUCGCCAUCACCUUAUCCCUUCAGACGACUGCUCGUUCCUUCGUUACGCCUGCCUCACGCAUGAUUCUCAACGCAGCUAGUCCGGAUAAAACCUCCCUUGGCACCGUUAAUGGUAUCGCCCAGAGUGUUGCAGCUGCUGCCACAAUCGUAGGCCCGUUGAUUACAGGUUGGACGUAUGGAGUGGGACUGAGGCAGGGUAUUGUCGGUGUUGCUUGGUGGACUAUGUCCGGUUUCGCUAUAUUGAAUGCCGUUGCGGGCGCUGCUCUCAUGUAUGAAAGCCGACGUGGAGAGAAGCGCAAGUUUCCUAUACAGGGUGAACCGUAG